CAGGGGGGUACCAAAAACAUCACAAAAAGAAAGUUAAAAAAAAAGGAAAACAAAACUUCGUCUCGAUCCCAGUUAAAAUUCCAAAUUUUCGAAGACUGCAAUCUGUUCGGACACCCAUUGGCAUAUCAGCGAUAGGAAGAUUAUAUUAAGGUGUAUUGAGGGGGAUUGGCGGUCAGAGAAACAUCGUUCCGACGGCGUCCCAAGCGUUAAACCGACAGCCGCAGUUCGGCAAGCCCGGCCAGAAGCCUGCUGACAUGGCCGAGGUGCUAAAUCUUGACAAUAUCAUUGCCCGGCUGCUGGAGGUGCGCACAGCCCGGCCCGGCAAGAACGUGCAGCUCAACGAGACGGAGAUACGCGGCCUGUGCCUCAAGUCGCGCGAAAUAUUUUUGGCCCAGCCGAUACUGCUCGAGCUGGAGGCGCCGCUCAAGAUUUGCGGCGAUAUACACGGCCAGUACUAUGAUCUGUUGCGGCUGUUUGAAUACGGCGGCUAUCCGCCGGAAUCCAACUAUCUGUUCCUCGGCGACUAUGUGGACCGCGGCAAGCAAUCGCUGGAGACCAUCUGCCUGCUGCUGGCCUACAAGAUCAAGUACUCGGAGAACUUCUUUCUGCUGCGCGGCAAUCACGAGUGCGCCAGCAUCAAUCGCAUCUAUGGAUUCUAUGAUGAGUGCAAGCGACGGUAUAGCAUUAAACUGUGGAAGACAUUUACGGAUUGCUUUAACUGUUUGCCCGUUGUGGCAAUUGUCGAUGAGAAGAUCUUCUGCUGCCAUGGCGGACUGAGUCCCGAUCUGACCUCCAUGGAGCAGAUCAAGCGGAUUAUGCGGCCAACGGAUGUGCCCGAUCAGGGACUGUUGUGCGAUCUGCUUUGGUCCGAUCCCGAUAAGGACACCAUUGGCUGGGGUGAAAAUGAUCGUGGCGUUAGUUUCACCUUUGGGGCUGAGGUUGUUGGCAAAUUCCUGCAGAAGCACGAUCUCGAUCUGAUAUGCCGGGCCCAUCAGGUUGUCGAGGAUGGUUACGAGUUUUUUGCUAAACGCCAGCUGGUCACACUGUUCUCGGCGCCCAACUAUUGCGGCGAAUUCGAUAAUGCGGGCGCCAUGAUGUCCGUGGAUGAGACACUAAUGUGCUCCUUCCAAAUUCUGAAGCCCGUCGAGAAGCGUAAGAAAUAAUGAUGCAGCCCCCCGUCUGUAAUUGUUAAAGCUCCAAAUUGUUAGAUUGUUAGAUCCAAAAGAUUGUAUCUAAUCAGAGAAAGCACAUACAUAGCCAAAAAGUUUUUAGACAAACAAGAAUUAGCUCCAAAGCAUUUGUGGAAUGCACAUAUUAUACAUACAUACGUAUAUAUAUAUAUAUAUUUAUAUAUAUAUAU